AUGGAAGAUUUUAACCGAAAGGAAAAGUCUAAUAUUCAAGGGUACACAAUAUGUAAGGCUAACCACGCAUCAAGCGCCAGUAGGGAUGAAUACAAAGCGUUCGUUAGGAGAAUUGAAAAGCUUCUCACUGUGGUGAAAACGACAAAAGAAGAAAUAGAUAACAACAGUAGAGAAGUUACAACCGCUUAUACCGACGCUGUUAGAGACAUUAAAAAGUACCGUGAAGACAUCGAUGCAUAUUUAGACGAAAUGGAGCGGAAUCUGCUAGAAAGAUGUCACAAUAUAAAUCAGGAAAAUGAGAAAGCAAUAAAAAAGUUAGAUGUUGAAUUUAAAACCAUGCAGUACGAGUUAGAUACAGUGAAUUCUAGUCUAAAAUCUCACGAGAGACUAUCUGCUGACAUGGUUCUAACAGCAAAUGAAACAAGUUCACAUUUAAAGGGUAUUAUUCAAGAGUUAAAGUCAGACAAUGGUGACACUAAACUGCAACUGUGUUUAUUUAAAAGAAGUAAAGCCAUCAGGGAUAUGGUUGUGUCUAGGAAAGCUAUAGGGAAACUAGAAGUGACGCUUACGGAACCUUCUUUUCACUUAGACAAAAAGAAUUUAUACGACAUGGCGUAUAACGGUAGAGGAGAAAUCAAAGUGAAAUCUAAAACUGAUAAAAAGGAUUGUUACAUUACCAGCAUAAUUGUGAUUUCUAGCGGAAUAAUUGCUUGUGCAGAUUGGGCAAACAAUUCGGUUAAACUGGUGGACGUAAAAACCGCACUUGUGUUGUCAGAAAUCCAUCUAGCAUCCCCUCCUUGGGAUCUUGCACAAAUUUCAAAAGACCAGAUUGCAGUUACAGUAACAAGCGAGAACAAGAUUCAGUUUCUUAACAAAACAAACGGCUUUACGAAAGGUCACAGUAUUGAUGUUGUGGGCAGAUGUCGAGGAAUUGCCUACAACAAUGACAAUCUUGUUGUAUCGUACGACGACCCUUCGAAAGUUGAGAUCAUGAAUCUACACGGGAAGGUUUUGCGUUGUUUAAAAGCAGAUGCGUCAGGAAUUCCCCUUUUUGAACGGCCUUACUAUGUCAUGUCCAGUUCAGACGGUGAAAGUGUAUAUGUCUCUGAUAAUGAGAAACAUUCGGUAACACGACUUGCAUACGAUGGUGAAAUACUCGCUACUUAUAAGGACACGGAGUUACGGUGUCCAAGGGGAUUAGUCGUGUGUAGAGAUGGUUCUCUUCUUGUGUGUAGCUCGCACGGUCAUAGCGUUCACCUGAUCUCGUCGGAAUGCAAUAAGUUGAAGAUUAUGCUGCGACGGAAGGAAGGUGGCGAAUUUUGCCAGGCUAUUUGUUAUUUUGAUGCAUCUGACACUUUGUACCUCAGUAACUUUACUUUAAGCGACCAGAUACGUGUGUACAAAUUCACAUGA